AUUGGAAUGCUCUGGAUUCAACAGUUCGCUGCAAACCAUCUCACGCAGAGGAACGCUCUUGGUUUAUUUCGUGUUCCGUUUUUAAACUUCUACUCAGCCUCUCGCAAAUUCACGUCAGUCUUGUGACUCUUGAGGACGCCUGUCUAACCUAACGAGAGAGUGUUUGUGAGCUUUGUAACAGUAAAGUUGGAUGGAUCCUCGGAUGGCUUGGAUUCAGCCCGAGCAAAAAAGACCUGCCAACGUUUUACGGAUGCGCGUAUGGGAAACCUCGCAAAGGCGAAACCACUGUUAGUCGCUGCGGGUGAAUACACCUGCUUUGGCGGCCAGUUUUGUGAAGCAGUUAUCGCUGCUUCCCACCAACACAGCUGGAAAACCUAUUAACAUUUCCUCCAAUCAGCCUUAUAAUGAUAGUGGUGCCAUGCGAUCUACAAACGCAUUCUCUGAUCCUGCACCUCCGUGUGUCACCCCUAUCGGAGUCAACGGUUGUGAUUCUUCACCUUUAUCUUCAGGAGAUUCCGAGAGUGACAGUCCGACAUCAGAUUCCUCGUCUGCCACUAGUGACAGUAUGAGCGCACAUCCAACCAAACUUCACUUUAACUUUUCUGAACAUCUGCACAAUUUCAAUAACAGUUUACAACAACAUUACCAGCGGCUACAUACACAAAUAAUUAUGGAUAACCACCUUAAACACCAUCCAGUAAGAAAGAGAAGUGACAAUAAAGCGAGUACAUAUGGAAUGAACUACUUUAUGUCCCACUCUAAUGGCAGUCAUUUAUGUGGGACCCCUUGGGCAACCAGAAGAUACAGUCCAGGUGUCAACGGCCUCCAUGAGGAGAUGGUGGAUUUUUAUCAUUUCAUGUCACCACGCCCAGAAGAGGAAGAAAUGAGGAGAGAUGUUGUCAAUCGUGUUGAGACUGUAAUCAAAGAUCUGUGGCCCAUGGCAAAGGUUGAAAUAUUUGGCAGCUUCAGUACAGGACUUUAUCUUCCUACCAGUGAUAUUGACCUGGUGGUGUAUGGAAAAUGGGAACAACCUCCUCUGCAGCAGCUGGACCAGGCACUCAGGCAGAAUAAAGUGGCUGAGCCGUUCUCCAUUAAACUACUUGACAAGGCUACGGUACCAAUAAUUAAACUGACUGACAGAGAGACAGAUGUGAAGGUAGACAUCAGUUUUAAUGUUGAAACUGGUGUCAAAGCAGCUCGGUUUAUUAAGGAUCAUCUUAAGAAAUAUUCCGUGUUGCCAUACUUGAUCUUUGUGCUGAAGCAUUUUCUGCUCCAGAGAGAUUUGAACGAGGUGUUUACAGGCGGUAUCAGUUCCUACAGCCUCAUUUUAAUGGUCAUCAGCUUCCUGCAGCUCCAUCCCAGAAUAGACUGCAGAGCUUCCAAUAUUAAUUUGGGCAUCCUGCUCAUUGAAUUCUUUGAAUUGUAUGGGCGCCAUUUUAAUUAUCUGAAAACAGGCAUCCGUGUGAAGGAUGGAGGAGCUUAUCUUGCUAAAGAGGAGAUCAUGAAGGUCAUUGAGAAUAGAUAUAGACCCUCAAUGCUCUGUAUUGAGGACCCAAACUUGCCAGGAAAUUAUGUUGGCCAGAGCUCUUAUGGUGCCAUGCAGGGGAAGGAGGUAUUUAACUAUGCAUACCUUGUCUUGAGUCAUGCUGUAUAUCCACUAUCCUGCUCCUACCCCAACAGAAAUAUGGAAAGCACAUUGGGACGCAUCAUUAAAGUGACCCAGGAAGUAAUUGACUACAGGGAGUGGAUCAUUCAGCAGUGGGGAAACAGACACAAUGCCAGGAUGAUGGACAUUAAAGUCCAGAAUGUUGAAGGAGACCCAGAGGAGCAGACCUCAAGUGAGGACCAGCAGAGAGAUUCUACAUCACCACACAGAGCAGGCUCAGCUGUAUCUCUGUCCAGCCUUCAUCAGCAAUCUUCAUCUUCCUCAUCUUCAUCUUCCUCUGUGUCCUUGCUGUCUGGGAGUGACAUUGAUUCUGACACACCAUGCAAAGCUUCAGUUCUUCACGUGUUCUUUCCAGUGUCGUGCAUGACUGAUAACAAUAAGAAACCACAGAGAAAAGCAAAUGCAUCUGGAACUUUCCUCCACUCCAGAAGUCAGUCGCACACUUUACCCAGCAAACAAUGUAUGGAUGGUUUGACUUCUGUGAAAGGAUUAGUCCACAUGUCUCCGGUUUACUCCAGCUCAAUACCCAGCCCCAGUCACUACAUUAAUAAUGGCCAGAGAUUUAAGGGGCCUCCACAUACCUAUUGUUUAGAGCGUAACAUUGUGCCUAUCCCCAGAGGACAUCAUCCUCCGUAUGGUCGUAACAGCUUGCGGAGGCGGCGAAGGGACACUGCUCCCAUGAGUCUCAGCAGAUAGUACCAACCAUUUCUCCAAAUAAUGUGGGCCACAGUCUUUUGGUUCCAUAUAUCAAAGGUAACCCUUCUGCUUAAGAUGUACAACAUCUGAAACGCACUUUGAUUUUUGUUUUGCCCAGUGCUUUAUCUGUGACGGCACAUUUGGAUGUGCCUGUUUUCAUUUGUGCAUUUUUCUACUUCCUCUGUUUUGUUGUCUUUUAAACUUUUGUUUGUAUGACAAUGUCUAAUACCUUUUUUUGUUUAUUGAUAUUCUUUGUUUACUAUAACGUUUAGUUAGUUGUUCAUCUCUAAUUGUUUUCAGAAUAUUUUUGAUAAGUCUUGUCACAGCAUCGCUAGGCUGUGAUUGCUUUUGUACUGUAAAUCUUUAUGUACCAUCUGUGCAAUAUGGCGCUUUUUUAAUUUUAGUUAAAUUUAAAUAAAAAAAAAAAAUUUGAAUGUAAGUUGACAUUAUACUAUACAAUAUGGAUUACUUUGUAUGUGCGUAGUAUUUUAUCAUGUUCAAAUCCAUAUCACAACCAGUUUUAUUGUUGGGAUUGUGGUUUUGUGCAUGUUGAUCUUGUGUGUACUACAAACUACUUGCCCAUCUGCUGGCAGUUCAGACAAGCACUUAAUUUUGUGCUGACAAAUGGAUUAGUGCUUUAAUCGUUUGCUCGGUAUCAAAAUCAUCUCCCCCUUUUCAGAUGUGUAUUUUCCAUCCAUAUUACAUCUAUUUUAUUUAACACUUUAAAAGUAUCCGAUGUAUGACUUGAAUAUGCACUGUUUUAAGUUAACCGAUUAGUAUUCUUUGUUUGCUCACAUGAUCUCCUGAUUAAGGACAUACUAUUUUUACUAGUUUCAGCAAUGCUCUCCUUAAUCAGUUACAUAUUCACUUGCUUUUGAUGCAUUUUCUCCACCCACCCUCAGAUGCAUGUAAUGGUCUAAAUGUUGUCGUCUUGGACUUCCUAUUUUGCCACCAGAUGGUGACCUUGCAUCCAACUUUUUUAAAUUUAAUUUUAUAUAAAUUUUGCUAUAGAGUUCACCAUGAACAAAACAUUUGAGCAAAACAUUUCACACUACAUAUUUAUGUUCCAAAAUACCUUUUGACGAGAUUUGGCACUUCAUAC